AUAUUUUUGAACAACAGGAAUAUUUAUACUUUACAAUUUCAUAAUCAGAAUGCCAAACAAAAGAUGAUUUACGUUAUUUUGUUUAUUCUUUUGGGAACAUUUCAGGUGUCUGUGGGGGAAUACUCCGUGGAGGUGAACCUGGUACGCUACAACAGGGAGGAAGAUAGGUGCUGUGAUGGCGUCCUUAUCAUUUGUAACGAGUGUGACGUGUAUAUGAAGGUGUGUCUGUACCCAAGUGGAAUAUCUAGCCAGACAUGCCAAGGAGGAAACAAAAAUUACAGAGUGGACGAUACCCACGGGUUUCUGUUUAAGGACCAAUCAAAAGUCAGGCAUCAUUCUGACUAUAAAUGGCAUAAUCUAAAGGAAAAUAAGGUAAAUAUAACGGUAGAAAUUGUUGUGUACGACUAUGAAGCAUUGCAUUCGGACACGACCCUCGGAAUCCUUCGGCACAAUUACGUUGGUCCUAUGGUCCAGAACAAGUCCAUUACCACAAUACCAGGACGAAAGCAAAUCGAGGUAGAAUUCUUGCUGAGUAUCACGUGUAGUCCACAUUACUAUGGGUCUUCAUGUUCCAAGGUUUGUGUAUCACGUGGUAAUCUGACGUGUAACGUUAAUGGAGAUUUAAAAUGCCAACAGAAUCACUGUGGACCAGAGUGUUGUCAAGAUUGUACAGCUGGAAAUAAUUACGUCUGCGGUACAAACGGUACCAAAAUAUGCAAUCAAGAUUUUUACGGUCCAAAUUGUUCUAUUAAAUGCACUGCGCAGGGCAAUCUAAGCUGUGAUUCCCAGGGUCAGCUGGUGUGCCGACCAAGUCACUGUGGGCCUGAUUGCUGCAAAGGCUGCAUAGCGCACAACAAUCACAUCUGUGACAAUAACGGCACUCUCAGGUGUAGAGACACUUUUUACGGACCCAGCUGUAAAACACGCUGUGUUCCCAAUUCCAAUCAGUUUUGCGAUGAUUUUGGAAACCUUCAUUGUAAACCGAAUUACUAUGGUCCUCUUUGUUUGACCAAAUGUGUAGGUACCGGCAAUGUGACAUGUGAUAAGAGUGGGCGUCACAUCUGUAUGCCGAACCACUGCGGAAGGGACUGUUGUGGUUCGUGUAUUGCUGUCGGGAAUCAGAUCUGUGAAUCAAAUGGAACAAUCGCAUGUAAACCUUCGUACUAUGGUUUAAAUUGUUCGAUACAGUGUAUUCCCAACGAGAAUCAAAUUUGUAAUCAUACUGGAAAAAUACAAUGUAAAUCUAACUACUUUGGAGUCAACUGUUCUAAACUUUGUUUCCCACGUGACCAUGUGACGUGCGACGAAUUUGGAAAUCAUAUUUGUUUGCCUAAUUACUGCGGCGAGGAUUGUUGUGGGAAUUGUAUCGCUGUUGGUAACUUUGUCUGCAAAAAUGAAACGAAAGUAUGCAAACAGAAUUAUUAUGGCAGCAAUUGUACUGUCAAAUGUGUCCCCAACCUAAACCAAGAUUGCAAUGACAAAAGCGAAUUAAAAUGUAAACCUUCCUUCUACGGUACAAAUUGUUCCAUCAACUGUAUACCGAAAGGUAAUUUGGUCUGUAAUACACAGGGUAAACACGUGUGCAAGGAUAACCACUGUGGCGAAGACUGCUGUAAAAGUUGUAUUGCCCGUGGAAACCAGGUGUGUAACGGUACCGGGUCUAUAGUAUGCAAACAGACCUAUUAUGGCGAGAAUUGCUCUAAACAAUGUAUUCCAUAUGGAAACAAAGUAUGUGAUUCUUUUGGAGAUUUGAAAUGUAAAGAGAAUUAUUACGGACCAAACUGUUCCACAAACUGUACUCCAGUGGGGAACCUGACGUGUAGUUUUGAUGGUAAACUUGUAUGUAGCCCGGACCACUGUGGUUUUGAUUGCUGCGGGCCGUGUAUUGCAUCCGGAAACCAUAUUUGUGCGCAAAACGGAACUCUUAUCUGUAAACAGAACUAUUACGGGAAAGAUUGUAGUGUAAAUUGUGUUCCUAACCCGAAUCAAAUGUGUGAUAACGAUGGUACCUUAAAAUGCAAGCCUUCGUUUUACAGUUCAAAUUGUUCAAUUCAUUGUGUUCCACAGGGGAAUUUGAUUUGUAACUCUCAUGGGCAACGUGUGUGUAGGACAAAUUAUUGUGGAAUAGAUUGUUGUGGUCAUUGUAUCGCACAUGGAAACCAGAUAUGUAACGCGUCGGGGUCUCUGGUUUGUAAACAUACCUUUUACGGUGUGAAUUGCUCCAAAGAAUGUAUACCAAGUGGAAAUAAAAUUUGCGAUUCCUCAGGAAACUUAAAAUGUAGCGAGCAUUUUUACGGACCGGAUUGUUCAAUCAAGUGUUACCCAGUUGGAAACGUAUCAUGUGACUCAGAUGGAAAUCUAAUUUGUAAUAAGAAUCACUGUGAUUCGGACUGCUGUGGUAGGUGUAUAGCAUCAGGAAAUAAGAUUUGUACAGCAAAUGAAACUCUUAUCUGCAAGACAGGGUUCUAUGGAUUAAACUGUACAAAACAUUGUGUUCAAGGAAAUACUACAACCUGCGAUUCAAAUGGGAAUAUUAUCUGUAAACCAAAUUAUUUUGGACCGCAAUGUGCAGUGUUUUGCAGUCCAAACGGAAAUAUUGAAUGUGACGAUCACGGAGCAUUGAUUUGUAAACCGAACUAUUGCGGAUCUGAUUGCUGUGGGUCUUGUAUUUCUUCAGGUUACAGGGUGUGUUCAAAAAACCAGGAGCUUAUUUGUAGAGAAAAUUACUACGGCUCAAAUUGUACUAAAUUAUGCUUACCGAAAGGAAUGAAGAUUUGCAAUACAGAGGGAAAUCUUGUCUGUAAAACAGAUUUCUACGGAUUGAAUUGUGAAAAUCAUUGUGUAUCGACCGGAAAUCUUACUUGUGAUACAAACGGGCAUCUGAAAUGCAAGGAAAGCCAUUGUGGUCCCGACUGUUGUUCAGACUGUAUCGCAGAUAUUAACAGUGAAUGUACAUCAAACGGUACAAAGAUUUGUAAAAUAAAUUAUUAUGGCAGAGAUUGUUCCAUUUUCUGUAAAGCUGACCACCACCAUCAAUGUAACGCGAAGGGAAACUUAGUUUGUUCCGACAACUACUACGGCGACAAAUGUUCGAAAUACUGCCAUCCCAGGGGGAACCUCACCUGCUCUAAGGAAGGGGAUUUAAUCUGUAUAAGGAAUCAUUGUGGGACGGACUGUUGUUUAAACUGCAUCGCUAGAGGAAAUCAGAUAUGCGCACUGAAUGGUUCAACGAUGUGUCUGCCUAACUAUUAUGGAGCGCAGUGUUCAAGAUACUGUAAGUCGAUAGGCAAUAAAGUCUGUGACGCGUCUGGACAUUUAGUUUGUGCCAAGGAUUUCUACGGCAGAGACUGCAACAUCCACUGUGUGGCCUUAAGAAACCUGACUUGUGACGUGAAUGGUGUUCUGCAGUGCAUUCCUGAUCAUUGUGAUGAAGACUGUUGUAAAAACUGUAUAGCAACAAACACAACCUCUUGUGGCCCGGAUGGACAUUCUCAUUGUAAGGAUAACUUUUAUGGGCCAAGCUGCACAAAGUUUUGCGCGCAAACAACAAAUUAUCUAUGUGGAAAUGAUGGCUCAAAAAUAUGCAAUCAAGGAUAUACAGGAAAAGACUGCAAGGAUUUAAUCACAACAACACUUGAAUCAACUAUAGUCACAGCAGAUACUUUCACGAGCUCUGUCGAAGCUACACAGCUAAAGACGACAAAACCAAAAACCACAAUAAUAACAGAAACAACUGAACCAAAUACUAAAGCGACCACAAAGUCUAUGACUUACACAACAACAACAACAAGUAAACCAGCAACCACGUCCUCUGAUGUCACAAUAAAUCCUCAUACAUUUCCCCGACACGCCUCAACGAAAUCGUCACCGACAAUAGUGACACAUGAUGCAAGUAGCUUGAAAACGUCAAGGAAUCCUAUCUUUUCAGAUACCAAUAAAAAGGUUGUGAAUAAUAAGAGCUGGGCAGACAGAAACAUGCCUAUUGUUGGCGGAUCCAUAGGAGCGGCGGCAGUAGUGAUUAUAAUUGCGGUGAUUGUUAUACUUUACAUUAACAAACAAAGAAGACACCCAGUAAUGGAGAAAUCAAGAAUAUUCGGAGAAAAUAGCGUUGGAUAUCAGGAUAACCUUGACCUAAAUAGGAUUGACCAGGAAGAGGGGGCAACCUUUGACAAUCCAACAUACGGCACGACAAAAUUAGUCAUUAAAACACAGGAAAACGUCCAGUGCAAUCCAUCAUUACAUAUGACAGACGCCGCUAGCACUCAUAGCAUGGAAGUAUAAGGCAUUAGAUGCUAACUGUAGCUAUAUGUGAUUAUACAUGCGUGGACUACUUUAUAAAUGAGCAUUUAUUUUUCAUCAAGUCCAUAAGAUAUAUCUAAAUCGAUCGAUAUUUAUAAUAAGUUUAUAAGAAUAUUCAAUUUUUAAACCUUGUAAAAUAGCAUCCAUCUCUAAGACUUUGACAAAUUAAAAAUUUUCAAAGUGAGACUAAAAUUGGUUUGUCUUUGUGCAAACAGAACUUGUAUUUUUACAUGAAUAGAAAAUUUUAUAUCUAGGCUUGUAAGUAUUGUUUCCCUUUGUCAAUGUAAGAAUUUUAGAUAUUAAGUCCAAUUACAAUUUAUACUAUAUCUUUAUCGGUAAAGUUUUGGGCAACAAAAGAAAAAUAAUGAACAUACAUAUAGUGAUUUCAUUCAUCAGAUAUUACUUUGUGAAGUUAGAAAUGCUGUAGAGGUAUAAAUGUCUUCUGUCGGUCCAAAGUUGCCAUGGAGGAGUGAGCAUCCCCUGC